CUUUGCAGGUGUCGCUGCAGAUCAGUUGGGCGAGGCGUGGUCGCGGUGGCGAGAAGCAGCGGCGGUGGGGGGAGGGUGUGGCGGCAAGGCGCCGUGUGACAGUGCGUGCUGGCCGCCGUGGUGUAGUCAGUCGGAUCCGGCGAGGUCGACGGUUUGAUGGGAGGAAGAAGAAAGAGAGGUCCAGUGCGGCGCGGUCGUGGCUGUUGGAUGGCGAUCCAACGGCCCAAUUGGUACGUUGAAAAUAUGGUGUUGGUAGAGUCGUACGUUGAAAAUAUUGGUGCACCUGCUAUGAGAGCCCAGCAGCUUAGUUAUGGAUGGGAACAUUAACUAUUCGUUGAGAAGUGCACGUACGCGUCGAUCCAGACCACGUUGGUACGCACCUAUGGAUCCGCUGAACCUGGGCGGGAACGUGGCUGGCGAUGGAUGUUUCGUAGAUCUCGACGCUCCAAAGUCCAAACCUUCCAAAACAGUACGAUGCAGAGACGACAGCUGAGGCAGUAGAGAGGCCCACGACGGGCCAGCCAGCUUGAGACAGGCAGAUAACCAUGGCGUCCUCCACCCAAUCCCACCAAGAAGAAGAGGAGGAGCAUGGUCACCGCGGCGGCGGCCAUGGCGACCAGAUCACCGCCCCACUCCUCCCAAACCGGCCGUCAACGUCGCGGAGCUCACCGGAGCACCACGAAGACGACGGCCAUGGCAUAUCGUCGGAGAACUCGCCGAUCGAGCAGGUGGCGCUGACGGUCCCCGUGGGCGAUGACCCGGACACCCCCGUGCUCACCUUCCGGAUGUGGGUGCUGGGCAUGGCGUCCUGCGCCAUGCUCUCCUUCCUCAACCAGUUCUUCUGGUACCGCAAGGAGCCGCUCACCAUCACCGCCAUCUCCGCCCAGAUCGCCGUGGUGCCGCUUGGCCGCCUCAUGGCCGCGGCGCUGCCGGAGCGGGCCUUCCUCCGCGGCACGCGCUGGGAGUUCACCCUCAACCCGGGGCCGUUCAACGUGAAGGAGCACGUGCUGAUCACCAUCUUCGCCAACGCUGGCGCCGGCACCGUCUACGCCAUCCAUGUUGUCACCGCCGUCCGCGUGUUCUAUGGCAAGAACCUCACCUUCUUCGUCUCCCUCCUCGUGGUGCUCACCACGCAGGUGCUCGGGUUCGGGUGGGCAGGGAUUUUCCGGCGGUACCUCGUCGAGCCGGCGGCCAUGUGGUGGCCGUCCAACCUCGUGCAGGUCUCCCUCUUCAGAGCGCUCCACGAGGAUGAAAGGCGGCGAAAAGGGGGCUUCACGCGAAAUCAGUUCUUCCUGGUGGCGUUCGCCUGCAGCUUCGCAUACUACGCCUUCCCGGGCUACCUGUUUCAGAUGCUCACCUCACUCUCCUGGAUCUGCUGGGUGUUCCCCAACUCUGUGUUCGCCCAGCAGCUCGGCUCAGGCCUCCACGGGCUCGGCAUCGCCGCAAUCGGCCUCGACUGGGCAUCGAUUUCCAGCUACCUUGGGAGCCCUCUCGUCAGCCCCUGGUUCGCCACUGCGAAUGUCGCUGCAGGCUUCUUCAUCGUCAUGUAUAUCAUCGUGCCUAUUGGGUACUGGUUUGAUUUCUACAAGGCGCAGACCUUCCCCAUCUACUCUUCCGGUCUCUUCACCUCUGCCGGGCAGAAGUAUAACAUCUCGGCUAUCGUCGACGACCAUUUCCAUCUUGAUAUAGAGGCAUAUGAGAAAAAUGGUCCACUGUACCUCAGCACUCUCUUUGCUGUCACAUAUGGUAUUGGCUUCGCGUCACUUACCGCGACGAUCGUUCAUGUCAUCCUGUUUCACGGAAGGGAGAUUUUGCAGCUAAGCAGAUCAGCUUUUCAAGGGAAAAGUGUGGACAUACAUACGAAGCUAAUGAG